AUGGAAUCCGAGUACCGGCGACUGGCAGAUGCCAUCCGCAACCAGGCCAACGCUCAUCCCAAAUCACGCUACCUAGUCGCCAUCGCAGGCAUUCCGGGUUCAGGAAAGACCACCACAGCCGAGGCAGUAGUGCAAGAGUUGAAUAAGAACUCGUCUUCCCGCGCUGCCCUGCUCUCUAUGGAUGGCUUUCAUCUUUCUCGGGCAGCUUUAGAUCAGCUACCCAACCCCAAAGAGGCACAUGUCCGUCGUGGAGCUCCAUGGACGUUUGACGUGAGCCGCUUUGUAGCCUUCGUCUCUCGGCUCCGCACCUGGGCCGACGAGACACCGCUAGCAGCUCCGUAUUCUGGAACCUGGUCACCAGCGGAUGUCAUUCGCGCACCAACAUUCGAUCACGAAGCCAAAGACCCUGUCGAGAACGGCAUUUCCAUCAUGCCGGAUACAGAGAUCAUUAUCGUCGAGGGAAACUAUAUGCUUCUUGAUGAUCCCGGCUGGCGUGAACUUGCUGAGCUUGUUGACUAUCGCGUCUUCGUCGACUCCGAUCCGCUAGAAGCAAGGAGCCGAUUGGCUGAGCGCCACCUACGGGCAGGUAUUGAGAAGACGCUGGAAGAUGGAUAUCGCCGGGUGGACAGCAAUGACUUCUUGAAUGCGAUCUCCAUCCGAGAUAAAUUGCUAGCGCCGGAUAUGGUUGUGAAAAGCGUGACAGUGGAUGGUAUAUGA